AUGGCUACUCUUACUCUCGCAGAUCUCAUUUCUUCCACCAAGCAUGUCGUUGUUACCUACCCGCUCAUCUGUGUCCUGGGUCUGUUGGUGAUCUCGCUGGCCUACAACAGGCUCAGGGCUGGGCUCAGAAACAUUCCCGGACCCCCACUCGCCGCCUACACCAAAUUUUGGAGGCUGUACGAUGUCUACAAAGGGCACGCUCACGUCACCGCCAUCAAUCUACACAAGAAGUACGGCCCCGUGGUCCGCAUUGGACCUAACCAUGUCUCCAUCUCCGACCCUUCGUUGAUACCAGUCAUCUAUGGAAUCAAGGAGAACUUCACAAAAACCGCCUUUUAUCCGAUACAAUGUAUUUCAUGGAAGAAAAGGCCUGAGAUGAAUCUCUUCUCGACCCGUGACCCAGAGUACCAUCGUAUUGAGAAGCGCAAAAUCGGAGCCGCCUACAGCAUGCCGAACCUGUUACAGUCAGAGGCAGCGAUUGAUUCCUGUGUCACCCUGUUCAUGGAUCGCCUCAAUGAAUUUGCUUCCAAGAGAGAACCCGUGGAUCUCGGUGCCUGGCUGCAAUACUUUGCCUUUGAUGUCGUUGGCGAGGUCACUUUCGCAAGCAAACUUGGGUUUCUCGACCAGGGAAAAGAUGUCGACGGAAUGAUGAAAGCAAUCGAAGGCAUGCUCGCGUAUGCAGCACUCUGUGGUCAAGUUCCCGAACUGCACCAUGCUCUCCUGGGAAAUCCACUGUUUACCCGACUCAUGCCCGCCAUGGAGACCUGGAACCAGGUGCUCGUCUUCACCCUCAAGGCGAUCAAUGGGCGGGCAAGCAUCAAACGAGACGGCGAGCUGAUCAAUGCCGACGUCGAAGGCCGUGACAUGCUCAGCCGCUGGGCGUAUGUCAAAUCCUCAGAUCCCCUCAAGAUGAACACCCGCGACAUUGUCGUCCACUUGUCGACCAAUGUCUUCGCCGGCUCAGACACGACAGCCAUCGCGCUUCGCGCCAUCGUCUAUUUCCUCUGCCGCCAUCCGGAAUGUAUGGACCGUCUGGUUAACGAAAUAGACAACGUGGACAAACAGGGGAAGCUCAGUCAACCCAUCACCUUCAAGGAAGCCACCACUGUCCUUCCUUAUCUAGGUGCUGUUGUCAAGGAAUCCAUGCGUCUUCACCCUUCGGUCGGCCUGCUUAUGGAGCGGCAUGUCCCAGCCGAGGGCCUCACUGUCCAGGGCUACCACAUUCCUGCGGGAACAAUAGUGGGUAUCAAUCCUUGGGUGACCAACCGCUCAGCCGUCUUCGGUCCGGAACCGGAGGAAUUCAACCCAGACCGGUGGCUGACUGCGUCUGAGACUCAGCUGAAGGAAAUGGACAGCAUCUGGGAGCUGAAUUUCGGGGCAGGGAGCCGCAAGUGUAUCGGUCGUAACAUCUCGUGGAUCGAGAUCCACAAAGUCAUACCUGAGCUGCUCAGGCAGUAUCACGUCGAAUUGACGUACCCGGAAAAGGAGUGGCACAUCUGCAACCACUGGUUCGUGCAGCAGGAGGGUGUGAUCUGUACCCUGAAGAAGAGAUGA